AUGGCAACAGGUAUGAUAAGAACUGCUACAGCAACUACACGUGAAGUUAUUCCCAUUGUAUCAGCCAAUAAAGCACAGAGCCGGUCGAAUGUGCUUGCUUUAUAUAAAGAAAUGCAACGCUAUGCUCCGAAACUCUACAAACAGUUCCAUUUUGAUGAUAUGCCGUUGUCCGUUUUUCGAGCAGCUUUAAAAAAGCAAUAUAUUAAUAACGCACAUUUGACCGAUUUUCGUGUUAUUGAUCGGAAGAUUGCUGAAUGCCGUCAAGUGAUGUUGGCCUGUCAGAAACAUUGGUAUAACUCUUACCAUCUGCGAAAUAAUUUGUUCCGUGAAAAUGUUGAAGCGAAACCUAAAGAUUUCUUGUCGACUUUUCUUAGGAGCAAAAAUUAA